AUGGCAAGGGACACACCACCAGAGGAGAGGAAGCAGAAUUCUCCAAGCGGGCCAACUAUGCCUGGCCGUGGCCGUGGCCGUGGCCGUGACCGUGACCGUGACCGUGACCGUGACCGUGACCGUGACCGUGGCCGUGACCAGGGCCCGGCCCCAGCCUUGCGGGGAAGGACCUUGUCUGCUGAGAGCUGCGUCCCUCCACGCGAGGAGGCGGCCUGGGCUGCCUCGGCGGCCGAGCCCGGGCCUGUCCCCGCUAUGGGUAUGGGCGCGGGAGCUGCCAAGAGAGCCGGGGCCGCCGUCCCCGUUGCCACAGUGGAGGCGCGGCAGCUGGCGCCCUGCGACACCAACGCUGCCGCCGCCGCUGCAGUGGCCCUGGGCCACGGCGUGCCCCAAGCGCCGGUGCCCCUGAAGCCCCUAGGACGGCCCUUGGUCCACAAGGCUGGCAAGCCCGGGAGCCCCCUGGGGCCCGAGGACCGAGAAGACCACGCUGAUGGCCAUGUGGCCGACGGUGACAGCGCCCCCGCCCGGCAGCGGCCCCGGGUCCUGCCGCCCACGGAGAAGCCCUGCGCGGGGAAGCCUCCGGCCCUGGGGGCCACCUCAACCGGGCCCAAAACCGGGCCCAAACCCGGGCCGCCGCCGCCGCCGCCGCCGCCGCCGCCGCCAACGCCCGAGCCAGCUGAGCCAGCACGAAGCUCCCCACAAAUUAGAAAAGCCGGACAACCCAAGACCCAGACCACCAGCAUGGCUUGUGACUUCAGUGACAUCGCAAAUUGGCCAACCCCAAGUGAACUGGGGGACAUUGAACGCCACAAGGUCACCAAUCAACCAAAGAAGAAGCCACAAGACAGAACACAAAAGGAGGAGAAGACUGAAAAGAGAACCGACGGGGAAAGCAGAGACAACCCUGAAGCAAAGCUCGAUGUGCCUGGAGAAAAUGUCAGUGAGGGAGAGGCGAAGUCCAAUCAUCGAAGAAAAAGAGCUAAUAAGCCCAAGUGGGUACCACUUCAUUUGGACGAUGUAAGACCUGAUAGGCGAGAAAGACGAGGGUCACGGAACAGCUCCAGAUCUCAGCCAGAGCCCAAUGAGUCCGCACAGAACAACCCACCAAAUGACUCACCAAGUUGGAGACGUGAGACAGACAACAGAGAUGAUCAGGAUGAAGUUUCCAGUGGAAGAAGUGCAGGUGGCACGAUUCCAGGUCGCUUUAGACGUCCGGGAAGAGGACCUGGCUGGGGACGAGGCCGAGACAGAGGCCACCCUCCAAGGACCUUGGAGUAUUCCUAUGGGUAUCCAGAACCACAUGGUGAAAGCCCUGAGCAGCCAUUUCAACCACAACUUUACACUAGCAUCAUGUAUUACUAUGGCGAUGGCACAGGAGUGCUGCUGUAUUAUGUGGAUGAAUCGCUGCUCAAAGAAUACAUCAAGCGCCAAAUUGAAUAUUACUUCAGUAUAGAAAAUUUGGAACGGGACUUCUUUCUUAGGAGGAACAUGGAUGAACGCGGUUUCUUGCCGAUUUCUCUGAUUGCGAGUUUCCCGCGUGUUCAAGCCCUGACUACAAAUGUUCAUCUCAUUGUGGAGGCUUUGAAAGACAGUGCAGAAGUGGAAAUCGUGGGCCAGAACAUGAGGAAAAAGGUGGCACCAGAACAAUGGCCAAUUCCUGACACUCCUCCACGCAAUGUGCCACAAAUCGACUUCUCUCAGCUCGUCGACUGCCCAGAGUUCGUACCAAAGCAAGCCUUUUACUCACGGACUGGCUUUUCUUCUGCCACAACAGAUGACCACUAG